GACAAAAUUAAGGAACGGUUUGAUCCAAGGGUGGAUUAGUCAUCCCCAAGCGUCAUUUUUCAAGAAUAUUUACUGGAGGAACAUCAGCGCCACCUACCGUGCCCCAGGGGAUGCCAUUGGAUUGAGGGAACCUCAACUGCGGGAGGCUGUGAAGGUUAGCACCAGGUGUGGAGUCGAGCAAUAAACAAAGAUGCUGAAAUCAAUAACUUACCGUCUAAAACCGACGGUUGAAUUUUUGAAUUUAUGCAGCGUCGCACAAUUGUCAGAACGAGUCUCUCUUUCUCUCCGUUCCUGCCACGCCCCACUUUUUGAACGGUUAUGCUUUCGACAACGUCAGGAACAACCUAUGGCGCUGUUCUAAUAGGCUCGCUUUGCGCAUCUUUGUUCUCCGGAAUGCUGUCUAUACAGUGUUUUAUCUACAGUCGAAUGUAUACGAGGGACUCGGUGGGAAUGAAGAUCUACAUUGCUCUCAUAUGGCACGGAACUCCCCCUUCCUUGUUGUCUCAUCUCGCCGUUGACAAGUCUCGCUCAAACAGGUUCUUCGACACACUCCAUAAUGUCGCGGUGUGGACAAGUAUGUGGACGUGGUUUGUGGCUGACUUUGGGACGCCAGAACGACUUGAUGAAAUACCGACAGGAAUUUCCCUUUCUGUUGGCGCAACGGGCAUCCUUACGGUUCUCGUCCAUGGCUUCUAUGCGUAUCGGAUUUACAAUCUCAGCAGUGCAAAAUAUCGACUGGUUGUCACCAUUCCGAUAAUAAUUUUGGCCUUACUUCGAAUCAGUUUUUCUUUCACGACUGUGCAUCUUAUGCUGAAGGUCCCUAGCCUCGUUAACUUCAAGGCUCGUUAUCGAUGGAUUUUCUCUCUUGGACUGGUGUUCUCGUCUGUAGACGAUAUCCUUAUUACCGUCGCGAUGAUGGUAAUUCUUCAAGGCACUCGCUCAGCGUCUUUGAGUCUCGAUGCGGUGAUCAACUCAUUGAUUUUGUAUACAUUGGAAAAUGGUGCACUCACUAGCGCUGCGGCUGUCACUACGAUGAUAUGUUGGCUAGUCAUGGAUAAUCUCAUCUUUUUGGCGUUUCACAUUAUUAUUGGGAAGCUGUACGCAAAUUCUGUCCUUGCAUUGCUCAAUAGUCGCCAAGCUCUACGCCGACAAACCGCUUUCGAACACACGGAUCCGACGAGUCCGAGGGUCAAUGAUUUCCGAUCGUUGGCGGGACCUGCUGCCAUUGGCCGUGGAGUUGUAGUCCUGAACCAAAUGAAAUCGACUCAUAAGAGUCAUACAAACACAAAGGCUGCGAUGGAGGUGAAUGUGGAGAGAAGUGUUGAGUUUCGUGUGGAAGCGUAG